AUGUACGGGGAUCUCGGGAACAAACUGAUCAUUGAGGCCAAACGGACUCAGCAGUUGCAAUCGCGGCGGAACGGUAUCCGUGACGGUACCGCGAACGUGUCCAUCCCGCAGUACAACGACGCACUCGUGCGUGGAAUCAUUGCAGAGGUUGAACAAAUACGUGAGAGUGGUGCCGGUGGUGAUGCAGCUGCUGGCCAAUGUGCACAUUUUGUCAAUCUACUGUGUUUGGAGAGAAACAAGAGGUGUCUUUUGAGUUACCACAAGAUGAGGAGCGAGAUCAUGGACGGGAUGGCGUGGGCGGGCACUGCAGGAGACGUGCUCAGCGGUGGCGGCGGUGCCACGGACAGCACGCUCUCUGACCAAUUGGGCAACCUGUCACACAGUGAGCAAAGUUACCUUCAACAGUACACGGACCUGCUGACGCAGAUGAAGAGUGCCCCCGCGUUCGCGGAUAUCGAUCUUGCCGGGUCGCUGACCCCCCCGAGCGAUAUCUUUAUUGACGUGCGGGUGCUGAAGGAUGCCGGUGAGAUCCAGACGGAGUACGGCACUUUCAAUCUCGUCAAAGACUCGCAAUUCUACGUGCGGCAAAGUGAUGUCGAAAGCCUCAUUCAACAGGGAUACCUCCAGAAGAUCUAA